AUGGAAAAUUCGUUAUCGAAGGAAACCUCUGUAGAAAAAGAAGACUCGGUUAUUUACAACCCUCUUUUUUCUUACAGAGGCAUCUCCCUGAUUGGUUGCUUUUUUCAACGACGAAUUCCGAGACUCUCAGGCAGAGUUUAUACCGGAGGCGAAUCAGCGUGCCUUUUUUAUGACCUCAGCGAGGUCAAGUUUGCUUUUUCUCAAACAAGCCCUGUUCAAUCUCAUUCUCUCCUCUCUCUCUUCUUUCCAGACAAGAUAAAAAAAAUUGCUCCUGAGCCACAAGUCGAAAGACAGAGAAGAAAUAAAACAAAGAAAAAUGGAGAGUUCCGGACCAGAGAAUGCGAAGAUGAUCCUCUUCUCGGCGAUUUGGAGAACAAAGUCGAUUACUUGACGAGGAAGUUGACUCGUCUUUCGCGAAUGCGAGCGACUAGCUCUGGAAGACAGGGCCUUGGCGGUCAACGAGGGCCUGCUGGAGCGCCAGGACGCGAUGGAGCAAGCGGGAGACAUGGAGAUUCAGGCGCAAAGGGAGAAAAGGGCAUGCCGGGGCAACGAGGCGAUCGAGGACCGAAAGGGUUCGCUGGCAAAGACGGAGAGCCCGGGCCAGCUGGCGCAAAAGGAAAUCCUGGCUUUCCAGGGCGAGAAGGACGCGACGGCGACUACGGAGACAGAGGAGUCAAAGGACCGAUUGGUCAAAAGGGUUAUGUUGGGCGAAAAGGUGAAAAGGGAUACCCCGGCGACGAUGGAACUGACGGUAAAAUCGGACCACCGGGACUGGAAGGCGCACCAGGAAGAGAUGGGCUACCUGGACAACACUUUUCCGAGCCCGAGUUUUUUGUACAGGGCACUAACUUCAACGAGUAA